UGAAAGUGCAUGCAUUUCCCCUCCGUGGAUGUGAUGCUACUACUCGUCAAUUCCUACUAAGCUGGUGGGAUCUACAUUCGAAACUUGAAAAGCUCAACAAAAAGCUAUGUGUAACCCGAAACCCUCAUCUCCAAUAUCCUCAUUCCUCUGUUCCAAGAAAACCCUUUUCAUGAAUAAUCCCAACAAAACUAUAAACGACGACGAUGAUGACAACAACAACAAUCUCCAUCCCCGUGUUGGUGAUAUUGAUCAAGACGAACUUCACAGAUGGCCAACCCCUUCCGAGGCCGUGGAAGAAAUCAAGGCCAUAGCAAAGAUCUCCGGCCCGACGGCGAUAACCGGGCUUCUCCUCUAUUCCCGCGCCAUGAUCUCCAUGCUCUUCCUCGGCUACCUCGGCGAGCUCGAACUCGCCGGCGGGUCCCUCUCGAUCGGGUUCGCGAACAUCACCGGCUACUCCGUAAUCUCCGGCCUCGCCAUGGGAAUGGAACCCAUCUGCGGCCAAGCCUUCGGAGCCAAGCAACGGAAGCUUCUAGGCCUAACUCUCCAGAGAACAGUCCUCCUCCUCCUCUCCAUCUCCGUCCCCAUCUCCUUCAUGUGGCUCAACAUGAAGACCAUCCUCUUAUGGUGUGGCCAAGACCAGGAGAUCUCUUCUAUGGCUCACACUUUCAUCCUCUUCUCAAUCCCCGACCUCUUUCUCCUCUCCCUUCUUCACCCUCUGAGAAUUUACCUCCGGACUCAGAGCAUCACAUUGCCGUUGACUUACUGCUCCGCCGUCUCAGUCCUUCUCCACGUGCCGUUGAAUUUCCUCUUGGUCGUCAAACUCAAAAUGGGCAUUUCUGGUGUCGCCAUAGCCAUGGUCUGGACAAACCUAAACCUAUUAUUGUUUCUGUUGGCGUUUGUCUACUUCUCCGGUGUUUAUACGGAUUCAUGGGUUUCCCCUAGUACGGACUGUCUCAAAGGUUGGUCUUCUUUACUCUCUUUGGCCGUUCCCAAUUGCAUAUCCGUAUGCCUGGAGUGGUGGUGGUACGAGCUGAUGAUAAUGCUUUGCGGACUUCUUGCGAAUCCCAAGGCGACCGUGGCAUCCAUGGGGAUUCUGAUCCAAACGACGUCGUUGGUGUACGUUUUCCCGUCGUCGUUGAGCCUCGGGGUCUCCGCUCGGGUCGGGAACGAGCUCGGCGCCAACCGUCCCGCCAAGGCCAGGGUGUCGAUGAUCGUCUCCCUGGCCUGCGCGGCAGGGUUGGGCCUUCUGGCUAUGGUAUUCACCACCUCGAUGCGACAUAUAUGGGGAAGGCUCUUCACCAACGACGCGGAAGUGCUGGAGCUGACCGCGGUGGCGCUGCCGAUCGUGGGGCUUUGCGAGCUCGGAAACUGCCCGCAGACGACCGGGUGCGGGGUACUAAGAGGGAGCGCUAGGCCUACAAUUGGAGCCAACAUAAAUUUGGGGUCGUUUUACUUGGUGGGAAUGCCUGUGGCCAUAUUAAUGGGGUUUGUGGCAAAGUUGGGGUUUUCUGGGCUUUGGCUUGGAUUGCUUGCGGCUCAAGGAACCUGCGCUUUGCUCAUGGUUUACGUCCUCUCCACCACCGAUUGGAUGGUUCAAGUCCAGAGAGCAAGAGACCUCACACAGAAUAAUAAUACUACUACUACCGCUACUACUCUUAAUAACAAAACUAAUAAUGAUAACAAUAAUAUUAAUAAUGCUACUACUAACAACAACAAGAAUAUUGUUAAUCCUCCAACCUUAUUGCCGAUUAAGCAUGUGAUUAAGGAAGGCAAUAACAAGAUUAAGGCGAUUAAUGGUGGUGGUGGUGGUUGUGAUCAUCUAGAACUUGAAGAGAUUGUGAUCAAGUCGGAUUCAUCAACGCAAGAAACUGAGCCUCUCAUAUCUGCUGCAGAUGAUCACACACGUAGCAGUAGCAGUGAUAAGCAUUAAAUCGGAAUAUAUAUAUAUAUAUAUAUAAUUAAUUAUUCUCGUGAUGAUCUCCCAUUUUUGCCUCUCGUACGUGGCUGAGGACAAAU